CUGUUCUUUCAGUGCGGGUAAACUCCGGAAGGCACAUGUGACGGACAGGAAGUGACGCUUUUACCAAGCGACGUGUUGGGGAAAGAUGGCGGCGCCCGGGAAGAAGAAGAAAUUGGUCCAGCAGGAGGAACUGCGGCGGCUAAUGAAAGCAAAGCAGAGGGAGACAUCGAGCAAGAAAAGGAUCGAGUCACCAUUGGCUAAAUAUAACAGUCUUGGUCAUUUGUCCUGUGUUGUAUGUAAUGUACCAAUUAAAAGCGAAAUACUAUGGCAAACACACAUUCUUGGAAAACAACAUAAAGAGAAAGUUGCAGAAAUAAAAGGCACACAUGUAAACACCAGUAGUCCUUCUGUGUCUGCACCAACCUCACAAGCGACUAAAAGGAAAGGGCCAAGUAUAGAAAGUCACGAUAUAAAGAAAGUAAGAGAUUCAGAAGAACAGUCUUCAGCUUCAGCGACUACUUCUUCUGGGCUUCCAGCUGACUUUUUCGAAAAGACAGAUCAACCAUCUAGUAAACAGGCUACUGUUGCAAGUCUUCGGUUGUUGGCAGGCGAUUAUGAAGAUGAUGAAGAGGAAGAUGAGGAGAAAAUGGAAAUAAACUCGGCAGCGCUAUCGUCUCCCCUGCAGAAAUCUACAGAAAUCCCAUUGCCUCCACCAACAGCAAAUGAUGGCCUCCCACCAGAUUUCUUUGAUAGUAAGACACCUGUGGUUUCCCAUUCUGGGUCUAUUUUGAAACCUGACAUUCAAGAAAAACUGGUAGAGAGGAAAGAGAAUACAGCAGAAGCCUUACCUGAGGGAUUUUUUGAUGACCCAGAAGUUGAUGCAAAGGUGAGAAAGGUAGAUGCUCCCAAAGAUCACAUGGCUAAAGAGUGGGAUGAAUUUCAGAAGGAAAUGCGUCAAGUUAAUACUGUGUCUGAAGCAAUUGUGGCAGAAGAAGACGAGGAAGGUCGACUGGAUCGGCAGAUUGAAGAAAUUGACGAACAGAUUGAAUGCUACCGGCGAAUUGAACAUUUAAGAGACCGCAGAGAUGUCUUAAAUGAGUCAUUGAAUGAAGUUAUGAAGUCAAAAGCCGGCAAAAGGGAACAGGAUACUGAAAGUGAUGAUGAAGAGUUGUUAUCAGUCAUGAUUGGUCAGAAUUGGCGAGAAAAAGGGGCAUUUCUGUAGCCUAGAGAUAUCUUGAAAAAAGGUUUUCUUCUGACAAAAGACCCUCACAAACUUAUUUACUGUUUUCCCUUAUGGUUGGAUCAGAUAUUCCUAUGCAAGAAUCCAAUAUCCCUGAAGUAUAUCAUCUUUUUACCAGGACGACAAAUAAAUGACAUCAACGUAUAUGAAAUAGAAUGGAGUGCUAUUGUAAAUUUACGUUUUUUUAGUCAAAUAGUUUUCUCAUAUUCUUAUCUUUUAAGGUGCCCUGUCACUAUUCCAAACAAAUUGAAUGCAAUGCAUACUGUAAAAGAACAGGCUAAAUAUGUAUCUGUCCUGCAGGUGGUUUUACUUACUUUAUUAACUCUGGAUGCUUCUGUUCUCAUACCAUUAUAUAGGUGUUGGAUUGCAUGUCUCCAACUGUGUGCUGUGGUUUCUCCUGUGAUAACUACUGUGUCAUGUAGGGGCAUAGGGGUUCAGAAGGAGGAACCACAGAGCAAGACAGGAGACCCACUAUCUGACAUUCCUGGUAGUGUGCAGAGGAACUCUUGAAACGGAAAAAGAUUUCCUUCAUUCCCUGUUGGACAGGUAAGUAUUUUUAGGCUAAUCUUUUACAGGGUGUGCCUCAUUGAGUCUUUUUAGGAUAUCAUCAGGGUGACUUUAAGUUUCAUAAUUUGUGCUGUGUUUUUUGCUAUUUGUAUUUUGUAACAUUUUGUACAGUUAUAGAUUUUGAAACUAUAAAACAUAUUAUGGGCUGUAACAUUUGAUA